GGUUCGCUUUCACAGCGCCUGAGCCAACGUGCGUUACAGAAGAGAACCCGAGAAAAAAGGCACAGUAUGUUACAGCCUACUUUAGUUUUCCCAUCUUCGGUUUCACAUCUGCUACACUUUUUUUAAACGAGUAGCGACAACAGCGACAUGACGACCAAGGGGCAGCGACCUUGCCGGUGUAAGGCUGUAACUUUUAAAGAAGAUGACGAUUCUGAUACCGAGGUGGAGGAAUUUAACCUGGAGCCGAGGAAAUCGGAUGGACGUGAGCUUCAGAUUAUACAUAGCGGCCACUUUAUGGUGUCUUCCCUGCAUAUGGAACACACACCGAAAAAGGGCUACGAUUUCGACACGGUCAACAAGCAGACCUGUCGGACAUACCACUUUGGAAAGACCAGUAGAUCACACCUGUCCAUCGAUGCGUCUCUCACAAAACUAUUCGAAUGCAUGACCCUUGCGUACAGUGGGAAGUUGGUGUCGCCGAAAUGGAAGAACUUCAAAGGGCUGAAGCUGUUGUGGAGGGACAAAAUCCGGCUGAACAACGCAAUCUGGAGGGCCUGGUACAUGCAAUAUGUGGAGAGGAGGAAGAAUCCCAUCUGUCACUUUGUCACUCCUUUGGACGGAUCCAUAGAGACCGAGGACCAACGCCGCCCAGAGGCCAUUUCCACAGAGACAAAGUGCUGGAAAAGAGGAGUUGAUAUCGCCAGAGAAUACCACAAAUGGAGAACGUAUUUCAAAAAAAGGUUACAGAAGCACAAGGAUGAAGACCUCUCCAGCCUUCUCAAGGGGACAGACGAGCCGUUCUCGCUGUUUGGGGAGGUCUCUGCGGACAUCCUGCAGCACCACGAGACAGGGGUGUGGCGCGCCGGCGGUGGCGGGCGGCAGCAGCCUGAUUCACCGGUUCCCAUGGAGAUGGACCCGCUCUUCGACAUGGAGAUGUGGAUGUCGGAGAGCUCGGACACGCUCUUCUCCACGCUGGCCUCCCAUCAGCCCGCGGGCUGGCCCAACCCCAGGGAUAUAGGUCACAAUGGGAACGCAGAUAUGAUCCAGCCAGGCCUCGGAAACCUGCAGCCUAACCUGGACUUCACCGUUGACCCCUUUGAAUUUUUACAAGAUUUGUUCCACAGCCUCCGUCAGCCCGGUCCCACCCCCUCCUCAUCCGUUCUCCCCACACCAAGUUCCAGCUCCCAAGCUCAGCCCUCCCUGCUGCCCUCGGUGACUACAUCUCCCAAGAUCCCAUCCGUCAGCGCGACCAAUCGCGUUGGUGAUAUGUGUACCGAACCCUUCUGCUCUGAGAGCUACACACCUCUGUUCCCUGGACCCCCCGCGCCCGUUCCUGAGUCUGCAACCGCUGUCCCGUUGGCACCCCCACCCUCAAUUUCUGCACCCCACCCCUCUGUAGUUCAGUGCUCCAACUUGGCAACAUGGAAUCCCACUCUGGGCAACCCUUUGCCUCCCUCCACUGCCACCGUCAGAUCCCGCUCCCCCAGAGUCACCCCAAAACCUGCCCCGCCGUCUGCCCUCACCCCUCCCAGAGCGCAGCCCCAGCCCCUCCCAGUGGAACCAGUGGCUCGCCCAGCCUUCAAACUGCCCAAACCCCGCGAGCCGCCGGACCCCGGCCAGAGGACCAGACGCGUCCAGAACAUCGUUCCCGCCAAGCCACGCCCUCCGCCCCCUCUCUUCGUAGCAGGUCCCUUCCCCGCCCACCACAGUGCCGUCCUCAUCACACCCGGCCCUCUGCAAGCAGAAGCCCCGCCCCCUAGCAACGUAAUCUGCACCGCUGGCGACAUCACUCAAUGUUGUCGUCAAAGUCACAUUUCUGCCGAGCAGAAGAGACGCUUCAGCAUCAACCUGGGGUUCAGGACCCUGUGCUCCCUGGUUCCAACGCUGAAGACCAAGUCCUCCUCUAGACCCGUUACGAAUGCAGCCACUCUGCAGAAGACCGUGGAGUACAUCGGCAAACUCCAGCAGGAGAGGCACCAGAUGCAAGAGGAGGUCAGGUGUCUCCGCGAGGAGAUCGAGGAGCUCAACGCCUCCAUCAGUUCCUGUCACCAGAAGCUCCCAGCCACAGGUGUCCCUGUUAAACGGCAUCGCCAUGACUACAUGUGGGACAGAUUUAACGAGUAUGUGCGGAGCAGGACUCUUCACAACUGGAAGUUUUGGAUUUUCAGCAUCAUCAUCAAACCUCUGUUUGAGUCGUUCAACAGCAUGGUGUCGACCGCCAGCGUGUUGGAGCUGCGCCAGACCACACUGCGAUGGCUGGAGCAGCACUGCAGCCUGCCGGCUCUGAGGCCAAUGGUGCGGGACACCCUGCUUCAGCUCAGCACCUCCACCUCCAUCUUGACCGACCCCACCCGACUCCCGGAGGAGGCCUGCCAAGCCGCGGGACGCACCCCUGUCGGGAAGACGGGCGAGUCGUAGGACCACAGAGGAGGGUGAUAAGAAGACGGGGUGGCGAGGAGGGGGGACAGGGGCUGCCUUAAUAUUUCUGUGGCCUUUAACAUCUCUGUUCCCUCCCUAACUCCUCCUCUGAAGCUUAUCUUGUGAUAUACCUCCAGGCCUACAGAGGGCGCUGUUUACACUUCCUACUGCUCUCUCUGCAUGCGCCUUCUCUUUGCUUCCAGGAGGGGCCCAUCGGAGGCUGGCUUUCUCAGGUGAACUUGGGUCUUCCUGUUUGUCUACACAUCGAUGCGUAUGGUACAUUUUUUGUUGUUUUGUUUUUUGUUAUUUUUUAAGAAGAGGGCCUGGAGGAAGCCGUUCCAGACAUGAACUGUCAUUUGUUGACUGUUGACUGUUUUAUUCACACAAAGGAUUCCUUCGUUCUGCUUGAAGGGUCAGAAAGGGAAUGAAGUCACUGGUGCAGCUCUGUUGCCCGGUUUAACCCUUCGUAAGCACAAAGACGCCUGUCUUAUUUGGAAGCAGAGCACCUCUCUCGGGGCUGUAAUGUACACACACUGUUACAGGAACUUUUCACUUUGUCCCUCCGGAAGCACAAAUCUGCUCCAAGCUGUCCCGACUGCAGACCACCACCCCCAUCCCCAUCCCCUCCCUUCAAUCCAUUUUGUCAGCAGGUUCAAGCGCUUCACUCAUGGAUGUAACUCCAGUUAUGCAGUUACAUCCCUACAUUUAAUUAUUUAACAAUCUGUCUCUUAACUUGUUCUGUGGUAAACGGAUCAGAAAGGGAUAAAUCUCCUCUAGUGCCUGUACAUUAGUGUCUAGGUUUGAGGCCUAAUCUGUGCAUUGCAGCAGUUUGAAAAGCAGCAUUUUUUAAUCAAUCCACUGUUGCUUUGCAUGCUGACAUGCCCACAGACACAUUGCCGCAUCUCUUCAGUUAUUCUUGUAGUUAUCAUUUUACAUAUUUAAUGGAUAAUGUAUUCAGAUUAAUAGUACUGUAAAAAAAAAAAUUUUUUUUUAAAUGAACCCCAGGGACACAGCAGAGCUAGAUAAAAACCAAGAACAGACCAAGCUUACGGUUCAGCUGUACAGCGGUGACCAUUCAGAAGUUUACACACUUGGUGUGCCUUUCCAGGGCUGUGUUACCGCAUUGAAGCACCUUAGAGUGCCAUUGUGGUUCUGUGGAUAUUGUUACAAGAAUAAAAGGCAUUCCGUGUUUAGAAUUCAAAAGCCAGCAACUUUAUUUGUUUGUGCUGGUGUGAACACAGGGAUGCCUAUUAUAAAUGUAAAUGUGUACUUCGAAAAAAAUACAUUUUUAAAAUGAACUGCAACAAAACCUCUGAAUGCUUACCUUCAAAAAUAAUUGACGUGCAAAUGGGAAUACAGCAAUAUGUAUAUAGGUGAGUUUGCACUUUGCCUGUGGAGCAUGAAGAUUGCAAUCAUAAUCAAGCAUGUACUUUAUAUUUUGUUAUUUUUGAUACAUGUACAAUGUCUGAUAUAAUGACUGUUAAAUGCCCGUGAGGCGAGCUUGCACUUUCAUAGUUUUUUGAGGAUUGAUGAUGUAGCGCUGCAGAAUCAUUCGUGGCUGAAGGAACUCUCUCUGGGGCGGCACUCGCAGCAAGAAGGUCGUGGGUUCGAAUCUCGGCUUGGGGCCUUUCUGUGUGGAGUAUGCACGUUCUCCCCGUGUCCGCGUGGAUUUUCUCCAGAUACGCCGGUUUCCUCCCACAGUUCAAAGACAUGCAGGUGGGCUAAUUGGAGACUCUAAAUUGCCCCUUGCUAUGAGUGUGUGAGUGAAUGGUGUAUGUGCCCUGCGAUAGGGUGUAUUCCUGCCUCUUGCCCAAUGCACGCUGGGAUACGCUCCAGCACCCCCCACAGGGGUGUCGUAGUUGGGGGAAAAGUGGGACUGACUACCCAGGACCCGAAUGGGGGGAGGGCCCUCAAAAAGCCUGGAAUGAUUCGUGAAAGACAUGGAUCAAGAGAGGAAGGGGGCCCACAGACACUGCUUAUGUAUAGGGCCCAGAAUUUUGUGCUACACCCCUGACCCCCCGCGACCCUGACCAGAAUAAGCAGGUAUGGAUAAUGGAUGGAUGGGAGGAACUCUAUCUGUGGACUCUUUCGGUCCUGAUGGACUGGACUCUCAGGGUGGGGGGUGACAGCAUGGCAGACGAAGCGUCGCGUAAAACUACACCACCGUUAGGUUCCUGUACAGCUGCGAGUGCCUUUUUAGAGCGGGCCUGGAUUCGAUUUCAGACUGCGAGGACACCGCAGUUUCACUAUGCAAUUAAUCAGCGCGGAACAAAGGGCGGUGUGGAAUGCUUUGCUGUUCGUGAAUAGUUCAUUUUUUUCGCUAUAAGAUUUCUGCUCUGAGGAGAUGGCGUGACUGUCCGCUGUGCCUGUCCUGAACAUCCAUCAACAUUGUCCUUAAAGAGGAGCUGCGCUCUGAAUUCCAGACUUGUGCUUAUUGAUCCCUCUGCUGUUGUAAAGGUUAAAAAAAAUCAAAAUGUUACAAAGCUGUGGCUGUGUCUGUUCCUCACUGUGUCUUCCACUUGCUCUUUCACUCACGACUACAUUGCCCACAAUUCCUUGCAAGCUUUGUUAGUUUUGUUACACAUUGGAUUGGACUAUACAGGGUGGUGCAUGUGGGAUGUAAGGGCAUGUAAAUAAUCAGCCUUUCUGUCAAUAAUAUGAAUACUAAUAUCCCUUUCCUUUCCCAUAAUGAUUCUUUUAUUUCAGGGUUUUUGUUUUUUUUCAGGAGCCCCCCACUCAAGCUCAAAGUCAACCAGGGGACCCCCAUCAUAAGUUAAAAGGGUUGUAUUAACAAAAGGUUUUAUAAAGGGGGAGAAGGGGUGAUACAUUUUAAUUAAUAUUUCUGUUGACUGUCCUUUAAAAGAUUGUACCAUUACAGAGAUUGAUCAUUCCAUCGUUCCAUGACACAUUCAAAAGGAUAACAUUCAAAAUGGAACCUAUGUCAAAAUCAAGACAUUAAAUCUCACUCUUUGAAAGUCAUUAAAUGAA